AGUAUCUUUGAAAAUUGUCUAUGGAUAACUCCUCCCAGUCUGCCAAGACCAAUGAUUAUGCUACACCGAGCUUGCCUUCAGACGACAUAGAUCCCUCCUGGCGAAACAAAGCAGUAGAUGAUGACCUUUCCCCUGCUUCGGUAACGUUCAGUGACUUUGACGGUGGCGCUGAGCUCGACGAACUCCCUGGAUAUAGUGUGGACCCUUUCAAGAGGGCCAAUAAUCAUCCUAACGCCCCCAGGAGCAUGAUCACCGCAAUAUUUCAACUGUUGACUCCUUGUCGAAAACAGCGGAGUCUGGCUGAUAUAAGGUUUAACAUGAUAGAGAUAGUAAUUCUUUACACUGCAUGUGUAGUCGGCUUGGCAACUUUGACAGGCGCCUUGGUAUUUUCUGAUAUCAGAGGCUGUGAGACAAUGGCAGCGUUUGGAGGUCACUCGAAAGUAUUCCGGAUAGGCAUGGUUGUUGCUGCUCUUGGAAUCGCUCCUGUGUGGGGAUUCAUAGCGGUCUACCUGUCUCAGCGGUCACCUCGUUCUCUCAGCAAACUCACUAUACGAGUGGCUCUGUGGUUGGGCCUCAUCAGCGCUGUGAGCCUCCUGGGUGUUGCGGCUGUACCAGUGAACUACUGGAACGAGCUGCAUACAUUUUUCUCGCAACUAUCCUUCCUGUGUGCUUCUGGUGCUUGUCUCCUCUUCUGUAUUGCAGCCGCCCAAGUGGACUUACUCCCGAGGUCUGCUUUCAUCGGAUUACUCCUCUUGACUGGUGGCAGCGUGGUGCUAUUGUUGAGCUAUUUCAUCACUAACGGUUACAUGCCUGGAGUCUCCCUCAAGUGGCCGUUCUGUUUGUACACCAACGCGCAGUUCUUCACAGUUGCCAUGUGUUUCGUCAUCCCUAUGUGCUUUGGACUAUCAAUCCACCGCGCUAUUCACACAGUCGAUUUCGCCCGAAUGUACUACUACGACUGAUAUCAGGACGUGUUUAUGCAAAGAGUUAUCAUUCACAUUCACAACAACC